AUUAGCACUGCAGAAAGGACUUGGCAGAAGGGAAAAUAAUGUGGUUCAGGGACUGUGAGACAGGCUACUAUCGCCUGUAAGAUCGAGGACAUUUUCAACCAGUGUGUCUGUUCCGUUGAGACCGGCUGUAUUGAUACAAUGGCUGGCUUCGCGGCAGGAAAUGGCGCGACAUGACCUGAAGCAGCCCGGAUAUGACAUCACGGCAGUCACGUGACAUAGAUGGCGGCUGGGCCUGGGUGGUGCUGCUGGCAGCCUACGUGAACCUCCUGAUAGGCCCAGGUCUAGCGUACGUGGGAGGCAUCUUCCAGGCGGUGUUCCUGGAACAGUUUCAGGAGAGCGUCGCGCUGACGUCAUGGGUGACGUCACUGUUUGCGUCACUCUUGCAACUGGCAGGUCCACUUUCAAGCGUUUUAUCAUCACAAGUCAGCUGCCGUGCGUCCGUCAUCACAGGGGCGACGUUGCUAGCAGCUGGCCUCGCGAUCAGCAGCUUCGUCAACAGUCUACUCCUCCUUCUUAUUUUCAUGGGUAUUGUCUCAGGUAUAGGUCUUGGACUCACCUACUCUGCCUCCAUAGUUGUCGUCAAUCUGUUUUUCGUGAAACGGCGGACAUUCGUCACGGGACUUGCUCUGUCUGCAACAGGUGCCGGGAUACUCAUACUUCCGCUCGUGUGUCGCCACCUGCUGGACGCUUUGUCAUGGCGGGAAACUCUGGCGAUCCUUGCAGGGUUGUCUUUACAGAUGGCGGUGUGCGGAGCUGUAAUGUUUCCGGUUCAUGAACACAACGACAAAGGCUUCUGCUUCAAGCUGUUUAGGAAACGUGAUAAACGUUUGCCAGAUGCCGACUCAGAGAAGGGGAAAAUGUUUACACAGAAUGAUUCACCUCAAACAGAAAGGGCUGCAACUUGUGAAGACCAACACUUGACCGCCAAAGACCAACAUUUGGCUGUCAAAGACUUAGUCAAUUCAACCAUCAGUAUUUCAGGAUCUGUAAAAUUUGAAAUGUCAAAGAUCAAAAUCCAUGAACCAAAACCACUUUACGCUAAUAUAGGCUUCUUGAUUUUGUGUUUCUCUCUUUUUCUCAAUAAUUCUAGCAUAGGUAUAUUUCUCAUUCAUUUCCCGAGCUUCGCUAAAACGUUUGGGGUCACCGAAUCGGAAGUGGCCUUCGCCAUGGCGAUGAACGGUCCAGCACUAACAAUUUCGAGAGUUCUGAUUGGUGCAAUGGGGAAUGAUAGUAAAACGGACCCUCUCUCAAUCUUCGUUGGUCUGAUACUGACAUCGGCUCUUAUUUUAAUGUUGACGCCUGUGUUAGCUACCACGUCUACUACACAGACACUGGUCAUGGUGUUGAUGGGGUUAUAUUGCGGGGGUUCAUACGCUUUUCUGACAGUUCUAACCAUUGAGUGUGUUGGUCUUGACAAACUUGCUGCUGCCUUUGGCUGGGAAAUGAUUGCUGCCGGAACUGGUUACCUGGUAGCGCCACCUAUUGCCGGAUGGAUUGUCGAUUCUACUGGUUCGUAUGCCAACAGUAUAUAUCUAUCAGGAGUGCUGUUGUUUGUGGCGGUGUUGGUGAUUAUGAUGAUACCUGUCUGCGGUGGACGUCGUCAUCAACACUCUCCCCACCACCCUGAUGACACGACGCUUGAGGUUGACCAAGAAGACAGCCCGACGUGAUCGGGAACGCUUGUUUUAACCAUAUACCCAAUUUGGAACAAACAUUGUUUUUAGAGAA